AUGGUUUGUGAAUUAUAUUUCACAUACCACAGUAAUAUUCAAAGCUGUUACUGUGAAAACGUGAAGCCAAGUGACGACAUCCAGGCCCAGUGCAGACUCUUGAUGUCCUUCCUUCCUGGGCCAUGUGUGGAUCGUGUCCGGGGCAAGGCGCCCAGGAGCCCCACACCCCGCUUCUCCACUGCUCCACCGCCACAUCCUGCCUUUAGGUCUCAUGACCAUCUGGAGCUCAUGCCAGGGUCCCUGCCGGCAGGCUGGCCCGAGACUCAGCCUACAAGCUCCGCCGUGCACACUCACUCGCGGGGUGGCUGUGUGUCAGCACCUGGCACCACGUGCUCCUGCAGAUGA